ACCCCGAUGUGACGUUGGCCCUGGUCUCCCCUAUUAACGGCAGGGUCGUUGGGUUCUAUCAUGUACCUAUUUUUCUGGCGACCGAGUGAGUCCGUCCUCGGAGUCCCGGCGGUGUGUUUGAAGCUUUAGUUCCAGGAUUUUGCUGACGCGGGGCACUGGAGCUUUAAAAGGUCCCGUGGAGCCUCGGGCACCCGGUUAAUAAACACCCACGUCAGCACAGCUCCAGCGCUCUCGCCGGGUUUCGGUCUUUUAGGGCUGAGCAGGAAGUGGCGCGGCCGCGGACCCUGGACGACCAAAAACCAGGAACGAGAAGCUGCGGAAAUUAAACAUGGAUAUGGUGACAGAACUGGGCUCGAGUGGACUGUACCGGGCGGCGGGUGAACCGUGUCACCAGCAACCUCAGAGGUGGGUCAACACUGCUGACAUCACGGUGGCUCACCAAAGCAACCUGCUGAAGCAGCUGGACCAGCAGCGUCGUCAGGAGCUGUUUUGUGACUGCAGCGUGCUGGUGGAGGGCCAGCUCUUCAGGGCUCACCGCAACGUCCUGUUCGCCAGCAGCGGCUACUUCAGGAUGCUGCUAUCUCAGGGAACCGACAGCAUGUCCGACUCGGUCAACGCCACCUUCGACGUCUUCAGCCCUGAUACCUUCACCAUCAUCCUGGAUUUUAUCUACUCUGGCCAGCUGGACCUGUCCAGUCACAAUGUGAUUGAGGUGAUGUCAGCAGCCAGUUACUUGCAGAUGAACAAUGUCAUCAACUACUGCAAGAACUUCAUCAAAUCCUCCUUAGACAUCAGUGUGAAAGAUGACGAUAGCGACCGCUGCAUCGGCUUGUCUGAUGCCUGCAGCUUCACCAGCGGGCCUGGAGAAGAAACGUCCGAGCAGCAGCAGCAGGGGUCCUGCCCGGUGAGCCCUCCCCCGGCGCUCUGGACCCGGGACACGACCAGAUCCCAGCCUGGAUACCUGGGGAAGGACUUAGACCACGAAGCUUCCGUCUCGUCUUUGAAGACUAACCCAAACAGCCCCGCUGUGGAUUCAAACGCAGAGGCGGAAGAUCUGCAUGACCCUCAUGACCCUCUGUACACCUUACCCGGGUCAGAGCGCCGGCGUGCUAAAGGGGCAGCCAGAAGGAGAACAGCCAAUAACAAUCGCUCAAACCAGCAAAGCGACUUUGACAUACAGGAGGCCCGACUGCAGAAGGCUGAAAAGGCAGAGGAGCUGUACGCCACCCUGCCCCAGAUCGUGGGUGUUAUUGGGCACUUUAAUAAAGACACCAACCAAGUUAUGCGGUUCAAGUGUCCCUUUUGUACGCACACGGUCAAGAGGAAAGCCGACCUGAAGCGACACUUACGCUGUCACACUGGGGAGAGACCGUACCCCUGCCAGGCCUGCAACAAACGCUUCACCCGCCUGGAGCACCUCCGCAGCCACUUUGAGACCAUACAUCAAGCCAGGAAACUGGUGUGCAGGAAGUGCAAGUGUCAGCUGACGGAAGAGAGCAGUCAUGUGGUGUGUGAAGGCACGCGGCGCUACCGCAUGUGCAACGCGUGCAUCCAGGACGUGGGUUGUGAAACCAUCCCCAUUGACAGUCUGGAAGGAGCCAGUGAGGAGCCAGCUCUGCUGCUGGGGGUGGACGGGGAGGAGGAGAGUGACAGCAAGAGGACCUGGAUGGUUACUGAUGACGAUGAGCUGGCUGAAGACUCAGGUGCGGACCUCAUCAUCCAGCAGGUGGACGACAGUGACGAGGAGCUGCAGUGAGCAGGGACCAAAGCGUGCACAUGGACUCAGCCACGUGCACAGAAUGACUGUUAAAGCCAUGCAAAUGAAUGAUCAAGUCAUGUAAAUACUCAGUGUAAGAAUUAGCCAUUAGAGAAAUGCAGCUGUUAUUUUCACAAAGAAGAUUUACAUUUAUGGUAAAAAUGUCAUAAUUUUGUUAAUAUUCAUGAAGAGAUGCAGUAUCCAAAGCAUGCAUUGUCACACUUCAGUGUGAUUGUAGUUGCAUAAUAACCAUCCAUCCAGUUUCCGAUCCCACUCAUACCAGUUGAAGGUCACGGGGGGGCUUGAGCCCAUCCCAGUGAACAGGUUACACCCCGGACAGGCCGCCAGUCUACUGCAGGACCGACACGUAGACAACCUCAGUCCCACCUGUGGUCAGUUUAGAGUCACCAGAUCACCUAACCUGUAUGUCUGUGGACAUGGAACGAACCCACACAAACAUAGGGAGAACAUGCAAACUCCACACGGAAAGGACCAGGUAGGACGUGAACCCAAAAAUCAGCAGUGUUAACUGCCAACCCACCAAGUCGCCUGUAAUAACUCUUGCGAUAGCGUUAAAAUCUGAGUUGUAUCUUAAUUUUAAUGUAUGUGACAACAAAACCACAAAGAUGUGGAAAAGCCCUUUUGACAGAUGUAUUUAGACAGUCACAGCAUCGUGUGAGGUGGAAGAAAAUAAAAAUGACUUACUUUACUUUUGCAUUACUUGGCAUUACUUGGGGCCUUGACUGAAAAUGUUUGGAAACCACUUUUAUUUUAUUUCAAAUGCAUGAAAAACAUGUUUGCUAUUUUUCAGGAAAUCCCAAAAUGUUCAGCUAAAUAAAUGCUCAGAAUAGAAUGGUAAGUUCUACUAUUUCCACAUUGAUUGUUGGGAUUUGUUCUCUCUGCUGUGUCUGUUUUCUGAUCUUGUCUGAUUAUAUGCACUAAAUAAAGCCAAUUAUAAU